AUUAUUAUUGCUGCAGAUUAAAUCUCCGCGCUGACUUUCCAGGCGUCUCUCCUUGACUUGGAAUGUGGAAUCAACGUGGGGGUUGGCUGCUGAAGGGUUAAGCCUCUAAAGAUAGAGGGAGGGAGAGAGAGAGAGCAUGAGAGAGCGCUGGGGAGGGAGGUGCAAUAGAAGAGAGGGACUGGCUUUUCUCUCCUCUCUCACUCUCUCUUGCUGCAAUAAAUCCGGCUUAAAGGACGAGAGCAGAGGAGCCUAGAAUGGAUUAAAGAAAAGUCUGUAUAAUACAGACGCCAGGACAAGGGGGAGGGGGAGAGAGAGAGAGAGAGAGAGGAGGAGGAGGAGGAGGAGGAGGAAGAAGAAGAAGAAGAAGAAAGAGAAUAAGAAAAGGAGCAAAAAGGAGGAAAGAAGGAUGAGUUGAAGAUCCCAAACUCCAGCUGCUAAUCUGCUUAUUCCACGGGAGGAGAAAGAGAGGCAGGGACUGAACAGGUGCAUCCUCUGGGUACCACUCUCAGCAUCCUCUGGGUACCACUCUCAGCAUCCUCUGGGUACCACUCUCAGCAUCCUCUGGGUACCACUCUCAGCAUCCUCUGGGUACCACUCUCAGCAUCCCUUCGGUACCAUUCGCCUUCGUGGUCUUUCGGACAUACUCCUCUCUUGCCAUCGCCUGCCUUCCCUCCCCGCUCCCCGUUUUCCUUUUUUUUUCUGCGGGGAGAGAGGGGUUUCUUUCUACAUUUCCUCCGUCUCCAAACCCCUCCCCAGCAGGCAUCCACGAUGUGUUCCUCCGCCGCCGGCCACGGAUGCUCCGGCACCCCGUCUUCCCUGCCCGCCUUGCCUUCCGGAGGAGCCUCGCCAUGCGGAGAGCCGAGGUGCUUCUAAACCAGAUGGAGUUUCUAUCCGGGGGGCCAAGACACCCACAAUGAACCGCCUGCUGCCUCUCUGCUUCCUAUUCCUCAAACUCUUAGAUGCGGUGCUGGGUUACCUGACAGUCAGCAUCGAGCCGCUCCCACCUGUGGUGGUUGGGGAUGCCGUCACUUUGAAAUGCAACUUCAAGACGGAUGGCAGGAUGCGAGAAAUAGUGUGGUACCGGGUGACGGAUGGUGGCACCAUCAAACAGAAGAUCUUCACCUUUGACGCGAUGUUCUCCACCAACCAGUCGCACAUGGAGAACUACCGUAAGAGGGAGGACCUGGUGUACCAGUCCACGGUGCGGCUCCCUGAAGUCCGUAUCUCAGACAAUGGCCCCUAUGAGUGCCACGUGGGGAUUUACGACAGAGCAACGCGUGAGAAAGUGGUGCUAGCAUCUGGAAACAUCUUUCUCAACGUGAUGUCCCCUCCCAUGUCUAUCUCGGUCAUUGCUGCAGACACGCCAGCUCCCUUCAGCCGCUACCAGGCUCAGAACUUCACUCUGGUCUGCAUCGUCUCCGGCGGGAAGCCUGCCCCAAUGGUGUACUUCAAGAGAGACGGGGAGCUGAUUGAGGUGGUGCCCCUCACAGAAGCCCCCAUUAAUGCCGCUGGGUUGCAAGACGGCCGGGCCUCCCGGAACCUCUUCCACCGAGACAUGGACGACACCAAGAUGCAGAAGUCGCUCUCCCUCCUGGAUGUGGAGGACCGGGGUGGCAGGCCCUACACGGAGGACCCCUUGAAAGGCCUCACCCCCAACCAGGGACUUUUGUUCAGCCCAGCUACGGAGAUCAUCCCAGAGACUGUGGUGAGCCGGGAGUUUCCGCGGUGGAUCCAGAACGUGGAGCCCAUCUACUACUUCCACCACACCCACAUCCCCAUCAGCGAUGGCACCGUGGAGGUGCGGGCCAUGCUCAUGUGGACGCUUAACCCCCAGAUAGACAAUGAUGCACUCUUCAGUUGUGAGGUCAAGCACCCUGCCCUCUCUAUGCCCAUGCAAUCCGAAGUGACGCUAGUGGCUCCCAAGGGCCCAAAGAUCAUGAUGACCCCAACAAGAGCCCGAGUAGGAGACACAGUGCGAAUCCUGGUGCAAGGUUUUCAAAAUGAAGUCUUCCCCGAACCCAUGUUCACUUGGACCCGCGUUGGGAGCAGGCUCCUGGACGGCAGUGCGGAGCACGAUGGCAAGGAGCUGAUCUUGGAGCGAGUGCCGGCAGAACUGAACGGCUCCAUGUACCGCUGCACAGCGCAGAACCCACUUGGAUCCACGGACACCCACACCAGGCUGAUAGUCUUUGAAAACCCAAAUAUCCCAAGAGGAACAGAAGACUCCAAUGGUUCACCAGACAGCCACAGCAGCUAUAAAUUCCUUCUGGCCAUCAUCUUAACAGUUACUUUGGAACUAACGUGAAAGCCUUUGACGCAGAGACCCUUCGUUUCUCCUCCACCCAGAAUUCACAUCUCCGUUGACCAGACUUCUGUUCUCUCUCUCUCUCUCUCUCUCUCUCUCUCUCUCUCUCUCUCUUCUGCUUUGCUUUCUUUCUUUCUGUCUUUCUUUUCUUCCUCCUCUCCCCACCCCCUCUUUUUUUUCUAAAACUAUUUACGGUCUCGUUAUCGGUUUUCUUCUGUCUGUGUCUUGGCUUUGUCAUCCAAUUUAAUUAAAAAGAAAACAAUGACAGGAAGAAAAAAAAACCUCACCGCCGCCCAAUGAUAAUAAUAUCCUGGGAGUAAGACUAAUGCUGAUUAUUUCCUUCGUCCGUUGUAUGCAGGUGACUUAAAAAAUAUUAAUUUAAAAGCUGGCUAGCCAUAAUCCACGUGAAACCAUGAUAAUUGCACACGAAAGGAUUUUCAAGGGCACAGCAAGAGGGCACAGGUGGGUUGUUGUUUUCCACCCAACACCAAAUGGAUUUGAGCAUCUCAAUGUAUCCCAGGCUACAUGAGCUCUAGGGAAAGGGUCAGUAGCAGAGUACCUCCAGGCUUGACUACUGUAAUUCGCUCUACGCGGGGCUGCCCUUGAAGCUGUCCCAGAAACUCCAGCGGG